AUGAAGAGAGAUCGUUCAGAAAAUUCUGUUGAAAAUACAACAGACCCUAAACAUACAAAAAUUGAAAAUGAUGAUCCCUUGAUACCAUUUAUAAAAGAUUUUGAAGACAUUCAAAAGGACAUUGAGCAAUUAGACAUAAAGUGUGCACAUGAGCAAAUGAACAUCCAGAAGCAGUACGAUGAAAAGAAGAAACCCCUUUUCGAUAAGAGAGAUGUAAUAAUACAAAAAGUACCAUGUUUUUGGGCAAACACAUUAAGAAAACACCCAGCAUUAAGUGAUAUAGUACCUGAAGAUAUAGAUAUUUUAAAUCAUUUAACAACACUAGAUUUAAAAGAUAAUAUGGAUAAUAAUGGAUCAUACAAAAUAACAUUUACUUUUAAUGAAAAGGCUAAAGAAUAUAUGGAACCAUUAGUUUUAGUUAAGCAUGUAACUUUUGAUAAUAAUCAAGAAAAAGUAGUUGAAUGUACUAGAAUUAAAUGGAAAGAUGGAAAAAAUCCAAUAGCAGCUGUAUCUAAUAGUAGAAUAGAUAUAGAUAAUGAAAUGCCAAAAUGGUCUGUUUUUGAAUGGUUUACUACUGAAGAAUUACAAGACAAACCAGAUCUUGGGGAAAUCAUUCGAAGAGAAAUAUGGCAUAAUCCAUUAUCCUACUAUUUAGGAUUAGAAGACUUUGAUGAUUUUGAUGAAGAUUUUGACGAUGAAGAUGAUGAAGAUGAAGAUGAUGAUGAUGAAAAUGAAGACGAGGAUGAAGAUGAUGAAGAUGAAAAUGAAGACGAGGAUGAAGAUGGAAAAGAUAACGAUGAUUAA